CCCUAACAUCGCCCCGCAUAAAUCUCCUGUUUGCGGAGUAUAUAUAUACAAUGUUCUUCUAUCUUUUGACCCUGUUAGAAUUGGCUGGGUAGUCUUGUCGGAGAGCAUUCGCCGCCAUGGAAGAAGCUCUAUUAGCUGUGGUUCGGGUAGCUUUUUUGUCUUGUAAUCACCUAGAAUUUACUUUCAUACAAAGUGGGUUUCAACUUUCAGUUCUUGAAUCUUCAUCAGUUCAGUCAAAAUAACUUGAAACACCAGUUGGGAUUUGGGAAAGUAAAACACUAGCAGGAAAAGUAGCCGAGUAUCAAGAUGACCAUAAAAAGUGAUGAGGAAGAUGAUCUAAACUUCAUGAACGUUUUACAAGGAGAUGUGUUGGAGGAAGAAGAAGAGGGAAGAGAAGCAACGUUGGUUGGAGAAGACACAGAUGUACAGGAGGAGCUAGAGCAGCAUUACUUUCUUGGUUCAAUAAAAUCAAGUGUGAUGAUUAGGCAAGUCCCCUCUGAAGGAAUUCCCUUCAAACUCUGGCCUGCAGCAAAAUCACUUGUCAACCAUCUGGACAAAUACCGACUUGAUCCUAGCAGCAGCCCCUUGACUUUGAUAUUCUCUGCCUUCUCCAAUGUCAGUCAAAACAGUCCUCUCCGUAUCCUCGAACUUGGUUCAGGUACUGGUUUGGUUGGAAUUACUGCUGCUGCCACCCUCGGUGCCAGUGUUACCCUCACUGAUCUCCCUUAUGUAGUCCCCAACCUCCAAUUCAAUGUUGAUGCUAACUGCAACACAUUGACCUUGAAUGGUGGAACCAUUAAUGUUGCAGCACUUCGAUGGGGAGAGGCUGAGGAUAUGGAAUCAAUAGGCCGAGAGUUUGAUCUCUUAUUGGCUUCAGAUGUAGUUUACCAAGAUCAUCUCUUUGAUCCUCUUCUCAAGACCCUCCAAUUCUACUUGAGAAACAACACAGUAUUUGUGAUGGCCCAUUUGAAGAGGUGGAAGAAGAAGGACUCUGUCUUCUUCAAGAAGGCAAGGAAGUUGUUUGACAUUGACAUGAUACAUUCAGACCCUCCUUCCUCUGGCUCUCGAAUUGGUGUGGCUGUUUAUCAUUUCAAAUGUAAGUGCCAGGAUGGGAGCAAGUCCAAAAUUAAUGUCUGUUCCUGAUCACGUGUAUGACUAUGUACGAACGAGAUUGUGAAAGAACGAAAUACUGAUUCUGUCAAUCGAAAGAAAUAGAGCUAGAAAAGAAAUGUUUCCAUUUCAUCGAAAUUGAAAUUUGAUACUUUGUUGAAUGUACUCCUUCCUUGUUAUCUGAAGAAGUAUGCAGUUGUACCUUGGAA